AGAAUGGACAAUUCAUUAAUGCAAAUGAGACAUGCAGCCGACAGUUGGUCCACUUCAGAAGUCAGAUCUCUUGUACACAAACAUAUGUGGACAAUUCGUGGCUUCUCUCAACUAGAAUGCAGAUAUUUGGAGACGAGCGCCAAGAUUAAGGAUAUUACUAAAGAUGAAAGUGGGUUGCAGGUUCCCUUGACACACCAACCGUCGAGCUCUGGAGGCCUUCCCGAACUUCCGGAUAUUACAUUCCGAAUACGAUUACAUCCACAAGGCAAUAAGGAAUCAAACAAAGAUUUCACGUUCUUCCAGUGUUUUACCAAUCAGGCGACUACUACAACUACACCGACGUUUCGAGCCAAAUUCAAGUUCACAGUAUUCAAUCAAAGAACUGAAGAAACUCCAACAACUGUUUAUUCAGGAACACAACAACUUCAUGGAUAUUUUGAAUAUAUUCGACGAGAAGUUCUGGUUGGUCAUGUUCAACCAGCUGAUGAUUUGAUUCUUUGUCUGACUAUUACGAUAACUUUUGACACUGUUACUAAAGCAGCUCAAAAUACUCGAUCAGUUCCCCCAGAACUACCAAUGCCGAGUGAUGUCACCAAAGAUCUGGAAAACUUAUAUCGCAGUGGAAAGCAUGCAGAUUUUACAUUAGUCGUUGAAGAACGUGAAUUAAAAGCUCACAAAGCAAUCCUAGCAGCUCGAUCUCCUGUUUUCGCUGCAAUGAUGGAACCACAUACAGCAGAAGCACAGAAUUCAAGAGCCAUCCUACGAGACAUUGAUUAUGAAGUUGUUCAGGCAAUUCUCUAUUACAUUUACACUGGAACCUGUACAAAUAUGGGUGGAAAUGCUUUAGAUAUAUUGGCUGCAGCUGAACGUUUCGCUUUACCAGGACUAAAAAAUAUUGCUGAAGUGGCAAUGAGAAACGGGCUGGCUACCGAGACAGUAUGUAAGAAUCUAGCGUUUGCUGAAAUGUAUGGUUUGGUUGACUUCAAGAAGGAAGCUAUCAAGUACAUCUGUAUGAAUGCAAAUGCUGUCAUAAAUUCUGAAGGAUUCUUGAGACUUUCAAGACAAAAUCCUGAUCUCAUUGUGGAUAUUAUGACUGUUUUGGUGAAUGAGCGACAUAAUUCACCGUCUUGCUUCAGUCUCGACGGAACAUUGGAGCCAGCCAGCAAACGAGCACGAAUGACGGAAACCAAUCUGUGACUCGAUAUGUAUACAAUUCCGCUGCCGACACCAUGUCGUACAAUACCAUGUCAUGUUUUUUAACCUCUCCUUAUUUUCAAACUUACAUUCAUAAUUAGGCUUCUGUGUUUUUUUUUUAAUAUUUAAAUAACCGUUUGCAUCUUAGAAAUCAUGAAUCUCAGCGGCUCUCCUCUACCCAACCCCCAUCCUCAGUUUGUGAGUCACGACGUUUCGACCUCUUUUUCAUUUUCUGCCCAUCUCAUGUCAAAUGUUUUUAUCACGUCGUCCAUAUUGUUGCUAGGACGGUUUCGUGCAAUUUCUCAAUUCAGAUUGUCAACCGUACGGUUCUAAAGCCCCCAUUGACUGAUGAGGUCUCCAUCCUUUUUUGUGACUUAUUCAUUAUCUCGUUUCGAAUUACCACAAAACUAGUGUCUUAAUUUUAAUUUCAACUGUCGCAAUCAUUCUCCCAAUCUCGGUUCGGUUUAAGGUACUUCAGCAUUCACUCAACAUUAUUACACUUUCCAGUUUCAUUUUAUGAAAUGUGAAAUAAAAUAUGUCAUUU